GACGAUGAAGCCGGGGAGUCAGCCCGAGUCCGGGCCGACCGGCUCCGAGGAGGCGCUGGACGCCCUGCUGCAGACGCUCUACGACCUGGGAGAGACAGAAGGUGUGACAGAGCAGAAGAGAAUCAGAACCAGAGGCACUCAGAAGAGCAGUGUAGAGGCUGUGUCCUUGGCGGCUGUGGAGCCAGCCCUCCCUCCUGGCUCCCCUGUGAGACCCCAGAGGAAGAGCGCAUCCAGGUUUUUCAAGGAACUCAGAGAAGAACUGCACCACGCUCCUGCCAUCCCAUCCCCAGCUGUCCCUGCAAGACCAAAAGUCUCUGCUGCUUCUGUAGUAUUGCCCCAAAAGAAGAACAAGGAACUAGUUGAAGUGGUAGAAUUUCACAGCAGAAGUAAAAAAAGGAGACUGAAGCCAGUUGGAGAUGAGCACACAAAGACUAACACUAGUAUCUUUGAGAAAGAUGUGGAUAUUCAAGAAUUUAACCUAGAAAAGGCGCGUUUGGAGGUGCACCGCUUUGGGAUCACGGGCUAUGGGAAAGGAAAAGAAAGAGUGCUGGAACAGGAACGUGCCAUCAUGCUGGGUGCCAAGCCUCCCAAAAAUAGUUAUGUGAAUUACAAGGUUUUGCAGACACAGAUCAAAGAGAGGAAAAAAGCAAAGGAAGAAGAAAAGAGAGUGGCUCAGGAUACAGAUAUUUUCAAGAAAAAGAAGAGAAAGCUGCAGGAGGACAGGAAAGCCAAGAAGAAGUUGGCCCCCAGUAUUUUGUCAAGUGGACAGAUUGGACAGGUUGGGAAAUUCAAAAACGGAACAUUGAUUUUGAGCCCCAUUGAUAUCAAGAAAAUAAAUUCUUCCCGAGUGGCUAAAUGAAGUGCUUUAUCAGACAUGAAGAAUGGGAUCAAGUGACUGCUAGCAGGACCCCACGUCUGCUGGCUAGACUUCUGGACUUCACACAUACUCCCAUGUGCCUUGACCUUUGAGAAAGACAUCCUGCAGAAAUCCCUCUUAGCUGCAGAAGCAUCUGCCUGGUACAGACCCUGGCCAGCGCAUAAGCUGGUGUAUUUGCUGGCCACCCGCCUGGUGCACUGACCAUAUGUCUUCUCCUGCCAUGUCAGCACUGCUGGUGGGCAUCUGGGUGACUGUGUGCUACAUGAAGGAAUUAAGAAGAGUCAUGUGUCCGUCCUGUGAAAAGCAGCUUUCAUUUUUAGAUUGUUAAAUUAAAACUUAUUUUGUAAAACAUUCUAUAAAACACAGCUUUUGUAAUGUG